AUGCCCAAGAAAACAAUUCUAAAAUUAAAUAAGAUAUUUGAGAAUGUUGGAGAAAAACCAAACAUAGUGGUCAUUAUGGCUGAUGAUCUUGGAUCUUUUGACGUGAGUUUAAAGGGAGGAAAUCAAAUUCUAACGCCCAACAUUGAUGCUCUGGGCUAUCAAGGAGUCAUCCUCAACCGUCACUACACCCCAUCAUUGUGCAGCCCAUCAAGAGCAGCUUUUCUAACAGGAAAGAGUCCAAUUAACUUAGGAAUGCAGUUCAUAGUAAUCUUCAAUGAUGAACCAAGAAGUUUAUCCCUCGAUGAGAAGCUCCUUCCGCAGUAUCUGAAAGAAGUCGGAUACAGGACUCAUAUCGUUGGAAAAUGGCAUCUGGGCUUUGCAAGAAGAAGCUUCCUUCCCACACAUAGAGGAUUUGAUACGCAUGUAGGCUUCCUUGGCUCACACAUUGAUUACUUCAAUUUUACAAACACACUGGAUCCAUAUCCCGCAGGAUUUGACUUCAGGUACAACGAAGAUGUCUACAGGGAUAGGAUUGGAGAAUACGCAACGGAUGUUUUAACUGACGAAGCAACAAAAAUCAUCGAAGAGCAUAAUCCAAAAGAUGGACCAUUAUUUAUGUAUUUUCCUCAUAUUGCUGUUCAUUCAGGUAAUGAGUAUGAUCCCCUUCAGACUGUACCUGAAGAUUUGGAAACAGUAGCCCAUAUCAAAGAUCCAGAUAGAAGAACCUACGCUGCUAUGGUUAAAGCGUUAGAUCGAUCAGUUGGAAAAGUUGUUACAGCUCUAAAGAAAAAGGAUAUGCUUGAGAAUACAAUAAUCUUGUUCUUCUCCGAUAAUGGUGGACCUACGCAAGGAUACCACGCUACGUCUGCUUCAAAUUUCCCUCUAAGAGGCCAAAAAGAUGGCCCCUGGGAGGGAGGAGUACGUGGUACAGGUGUUAUUUGGAGUCCUCUGCUCCAGAAACGUCACUACGUUUCAAAUCAUUUGAUUCACAUAACCGACUGGCUGCCAACAUUUACAGAGCUGGCUAAUGUUUCCUCAUACAAGGAAAAGGAUCUCAAUGGUAACAACAUCUGGUCAACGAUAUCCUACAACGAAUCUUCGUUACGAAGAGAAAUUGUCCACAACAUUGAUACAAUUAGCGGCUAUACUUCAUACUGCAAAGAUGGAUGGAAGUAUAUUAAUGGAACAAGAUGGAAUGGAGCGCAUGAUCAAUGGAUUGGUGAAAUGACCUUUGAAGAAAGUCCUGAAGCUUCCUCUUAUCCAAAUCUUGUAAUGAAAAGCAAAGUUUGGCAAGCCCUGAAUCCCUACGCACUGAAAAAUCUCAAGCCAAGACAUUUGGAAGAGAUGCGGAAGAAAACGGGAAUAAAUUGUCGAAAAGUAACUUCGCCAUCACGUGACUGUAAGCCUUUGGAAGCUCCCUGUCUCUUCUACGUGGACGAUGAUCCUUGUGAAAUGAACAAUUUGGCACAUUUUCGCCCAACACGAAUGGCGAUCAUUGAGAAGAGGCUAAAAUACUUGCAGGAAACUAUGACACCUCCUGGAAAUCUUCCACGGAAUUCUGCUGCAAAUCCUGCACUACAUGAUGGAAUUUGGACGUGGUGGUUUGAAUUGAUGCAAAAAUGA